UUUGCAUCACCAAUAACUAACAUAGAAAUGGAAUGGCUUUCUGGCAUAAUUUUCACCCUGUUGACACUUGGUUUGAUAUGUGCUUGGAAGGUGCUGAAUUCGUUGUGGCUGACGCCAAAGAAGCUAGAGAAGCUGUUAAGAGAACAAGGCAUUCAUGGAAACUCAUAUAGGUUUUUGGUUGGAGAUGCUAAGGAUCUUUUUAAGAUGGGAAAGGAAGCUAAAUCCAAACCCAUGAAUCUCUCCGAUGAUAUUAUUCCACGUGUCGAUCCCUACACCCAACAGACUCUUAAAAAUCAUGGGAAGAAUUCUUAUAUUUGGUUUGGACCAAAGCCAAGGAUUUUUCUCACAAAACCUGAGCAAAUAAAAGAUGUAUUGAAUAAGAUGUCUGAAUUCCCAAAGAGAAGUAAUCCAAGUUUCAAGUCUCUAGUUAAUGGUCUUUCUAGCCAUGAAGGAGAAAAGUGGAGCAAGCAUAGAAGGCUAAUCAACCCGGCUUUCAAAUUAGAAAAAUUAAAGAUUAUGACACCAUCUUUCUUUACAAGUUGCAAUGAUAUGAUUAGCCAAUGGGAGAAACUGUUGUCUUUAGAAGAAUCUUGUGAAAUAGAUAUAUGGCCUUCUUUUCAAAACUUGACUAGCGAUGCUAUUUCUCGAACAGCAUUUGGAAGUAGUUAUGAAGAAGGAAAAACAAUCUUUGAACUUCAAAGAGAGCUAGCUGAACUUAUUGUAAAAGAUACAGUGAAAUCUUUCAUCCCUUUAUGGAGAUUUGUACCUACUAUCGCCCAUAGAAAGAUGAACGAAAUUGAGAGAAAUAUACAAUCUUCUCUUAAAGAUAUCAUUAACAAGAAGGAGAAAGCACUAAAGAUAGGUGAAUCUACUACAAAUGAUUUAUUGAGUAUUCUUCUCGAGUCAAAUCAUAAGGAAAUUGAAGAAAAUACAAACAACAAGAAUGUAGGAAUGACUCUUGAUGAUGUAGUGGGGGAAUGCAAGUUAUUUUAUUUUGCAGGACAAGAAACUACUUCAGUUUUGCUUGUUUGGACUAUGAUAUUGUUGAGUAGGUAUCCAAAUUGGCAAGAGCGUGCAAGGGCAGAGGUGUUACAAAUCUUUGGAAAUAAAAAACCAGAUUUUGAUGGCCUAAAUAGUUUGAAGAUUGUCACCAUGAUUUUGUAUGAGGUUCUUAGGUUGUACCCUCCUCUAGUUGGCUUUGUUCGCCAGGUUGAGAAAGAUGUCAAACUUGGAAACCUUAUAUUACCGGCUGGAGUGGAAGUUUUCUUACCAGUUCUUUUGAUUCACCAUGACUGCGAACUAUGGGGCGAUGACGCUAAGAUGUUCAAUCCAGAAAGAUUUUCUGAAGGUGUUUUAAAAGCAACAAAUGGAAGACAUUCAUUUUUUCCAUUUGGUGGGGGUCCUAGAAUUUGCAUUGGACAAAACUUUGCAGUGAUGGAAGCAAAAAUGGCAGUAGCAAUGAUUUUGCAACAUUUCUCAUUCGAGCUUUCACCAACCUAUGCUCAUGCUCCAUCCACUAUACUUACUCUUCAACCACAACAUGGUGCUCAAAUUAUUAUACGCAAAGUGAAAACAUAAAGAACUGAAUCAUAAUAUGGUGAUAAAGUGUGAACUCUAUUAUCUAGUAAUAAUAUCCAUAACUAUUAUAUUGUAAUUUUAAAUUACAAAUCUUAUGGGCUAU